AAAAGACAGUUACUGCAGUUUUAAGAUAUUGAAAGCAUCAGUAGAAUUUCUUUUUUAGCAUAUUAAUGAUACAUUUCUGUUGUGGCUUUUCAGAUCUGUGGAGUGUUCUUAUCUGGUACUGUUGAAAAAAUGUUUUACACAUUCAUUUUCUUCUGUUUGUGGCAUCUGGUCGAUGGAGAGAAGAUUGUGUCAGUGACGGAGGGAGAUUCUGUAACUCUACACAGUGCAGUUACUGAGCAAAUAAGAUAUUAUUUCCGUAAUACAGAAUGGAUGUGGGUAGGACCUGAAAAUACUCGCAUAGCUAGAUUCCUUCAGCGUAUUGAGAUGAAAAAUAUUAGAUAUUUUUAUGUUGAGAGAUUCGGAGACAGACUGCAGAUUGACAAUCAGACUGGAUCCCUGACCAUCAGGAACAUCAGAACCACAGACUCUGGACUUUAUCAACUGACCAGUGAAUUCUCAGGCGAUUUAUUCAAUGUUACUGUCUAUGCUCGUCUUCCUAUUCCUGUCAUCACCAGACACUCUGCAUGUUCUUCAUCAUCGUCUUCAUCCUCACAGCAGAAUUGUUCACUGCUGUGUUCAGUGGUGAUUGUGAGUCAUGUGACUCUCUCCUGGUACAAAGGAAACAGUUUAUUGUCCAUCAUCAGUGUGUCUGAUCUCAACAUCAGUCUCUCUCUACCUCUGGAGAUUAAGUCUCUGGAUGAUUCCUACAGCUGUGUGUUGAACAAUCCCAUCAGCAACCAAACUGUACCUCUCAACAGCACUGAACUCUGUCAACCAUGUACAGACUCUGUUCACUGUUGUGGUUUCACUGAAGCUGUGAUUCGAUUGGUCAUCUCUGCUAUGGUGGGCGUGGCUACUGUUGCUGUAGUGGUUUACGACAUCAGAUCCAGAAAAGAGGAAAAGAAACCGAGAACAUCACAAUCAGUAAUUGAAGAACAAAUCAGUCUUUGACUUCUUUUGAGUCAGUUCUUGUCAGAAGUCAUGGAAACAAAACAUGAAAAAGAGCAGUAGCCCUGCAAGAUGUGUAUUUGUGUUGUUUCUUCUUUUUUUUUUUAAAUAUAUUGCUUUGCAUAUUUCACUGCUUCAAAGAUUUGAAAUCAAAGCAUGAGUU